AUGCAACAUCAUCCUGAACCGACAUAUAUGCCAGAGGUACCCUUUCAACCAUUGUGGGGGCAAGAAGCACCGCCAGCUCCACCUAUUGUACCAUAUCAGGAUUUAAUUGCAGGUUUUCCUUGCUCGGAUAUAGCACUUUGGCAGCGCUCCCAAGUCGGCAGCUUGGUUAAUCAACGACCAGGAAGUAUGCGAAGUAGCAAUCAAUCAUUAUCCAAUGGCAGUUCUACUAAAAAGACACGUCGACGUGUUGCAUCCUUGGCACAAAGACGUGCUGCAAACAUACGCGAACGCCGUCGCAUGUUCAAUCUUAAUGAAGCUUUCGACAAAUUGCGUCGGAAGGUGCCAACUUUCGCAUAUGAGAAGAGGCUUUCGCGCAUUGAAACUCUUCGAUUAGCUAUAACGUACAUAGGCUUUAUGACAGAAUUACUCACUGGCGCUCCUAUCAAUACACACAAAAGUCGUUCUGCUGAUAUUUAUGGAAGCAUGAACGGUCACCAUCAUCCUUCGGCUAUGGCACAUCAUCUGCAUCCGGCGGCAUUUCAAAGAGAUUUUGUUUCACCUUACAAUCACAGUUUGGGUUAAAAAGUGACAAUGACAAAUAUUUACCAUGAGGUUAAUAC